AUGAGAAUCUUCGGAGUACAGCUCGUUACAUAUAUGCUGUUCUUCUUUACAGCCUUUGAGUUUGUGUCGGGGGAAUCAAACCCAGGUCACAAUGUCACGUUGUUUGUCAACAAGUUUGCUGAUAGGGGACCUGGUAGCAGUUACAGUGCAAUUGGACCAGGAGGUAUUACAAUCACGAGUAGAUACGUUGAAGCUAUACAAUACUGGAAAUCUCUCAUCAUAAAAAGUGCAGGUCAUUCUACUUUAAUUGAUGCGUGCCAUGGCAGCGUAUGUCAAAAGGUAACAGUAAAAGAGAUGGACGGCGGGUUCACAAAUCUUGAAAUAAGGACAAAGAUAUUUUCGGGAAACGUUACCGGAUAUACUUUUAGUCAGUUAGUGAACCAUACUUUGUUAAGUCCCAAGUAUCGACCAACUUCAUUAAUGACCAGAUUCAAGUUUAAAAUUCAAAAGUGGGCUUUACACCUAUGGGAAUCGUUUCUUUCUUCCAGAAAUCAAUUAAGAAUCGAUAACAUUCUGUUAGGACAGUAUCCAGGUUGGACUACAUUUGUCACACGGAGGGAGCGCCAUAACCGCUCCAGAGAUGUUUUACCAAUGCAAGAAAUUUCUUGCAUUACAAGAUCAGCAAUCGAGUCGCACAGAUACCAGAGUAUGUGCGGUAUAUGUGUUCAUAUCGUGAAUAUACAGGGCUUAACGCUGGAUAUUCGUCUGUUUAAAGACGACACGGCCAAUUUUGCAGACCCUUGGGGAUUACCAUGCUCAGAAGUGGAUAAUCCCAGUGAGUACGAGCUUGAGUGUCUUUCUUAG